CGUUUCCGCCCCGUCUCGGGGCUCUCCGCCCACCGCGGCGCGGCCGCGACCCGAGUCCUUCCCGCCAGUUUUGCCCGCCGCCGCGCCUACGCUAAUCCUCCCGGAACACGCGGCUCCGCGCGAUUUUCCCACGCCGCGGAAAUCGCGUCAAGUGCCGUCGCUCCUCCUCCCUCGGAUCUCGCGGUCUCCGUCGCGGUCGGCCUCCGAACGAAUUUUCCACGGUGGUUCUUCUCGUGGCGGCCCUCGUGUGCCUACCGGUGGAUUUUUUGUGGUAUUUUGACGCUCGGGGCGUUCCGGCUGUGGUGUCAGUGAUCUCGCGAAGGUUCGAAAAUCCCGUGUGCUGCCCUCGCCCAGGAGUCGAAGUUACGGAAUCGUCGGAGCCUGGAAGGGAAUUUACCAGAAAGCAGUUGGAAUAACGCGAUGAGGCGAAAGUACGGCCGCUGACAUGCUGAGUGUGUGGGAAAUGAUUCGGAGCUAAUGCCGCCCACCAUGAGAGUGGCUCCGAUCCCCUUAAGGUGCAUCUUAGUCUGCGUCUUAUUCGCCCUCAACGUCGAGUUUGCCGCGCACGGCUUGGAGCCGGAGUUCUCUGUCUCACCCAAGGACGUCCGAGUGCCGCAAGGUCGAGACGCCAUUUUCACGUGCGUGGUCAAAGACCUGGGCGGUUAUAGGGUGAGUGCCAACAUCGCGCCGGCCAGGGUUGCCUGGAUCAAGGCGGACACGAAGGCGAUCCUGGCGAUCCACGAUCACGUGAUCACGAACAACGCUCGCCUAUCGGUGACGCACAACGACUUCAACACGUGGACGCUCAACGUCAGCAACGUCCGCCCUGAGGACAGCGGCGACUACAUGUGCCAGGUCAACACUGACCCCAUGAAAAGCCAGACGGCGUCGUUAGAAGUUGUGAUACCCCCCGACAUCAUCGAAGGCACUGCCGGUGACGUCAUGGUGCGAGAGGGUGGCUCGACCAAAUUAGUAUGUAUAGCGUCCGGGUAUCCGGCACCCAAUAUCACGUGGAAGAGGGAGGAUGGUGGCGAUAUCAUUCUCCGAUCAGCUUCCUCGGACAUUAAACAUAAAAUGGGUACGUCUGUUCUAGCGAAAACCGUGCACGGCAGCGAGUUAUCGCUCACGCAGGUGACUCGCAGCGAUAUGGGAGCUUAUAUUUGUAUAGCAGCCAACGGGUUCCCGCCUUCAGUUAGUAAAAGAAUUAUGUUACAUAUCCAUUUUAUACCCACCAUCCGAGUGCCGAACCAGCUUGUUGGAGCGCCCAUCGGUACCAACGUCACGCUACAAUGUUACGUAGAGGCAUCGCCCAAGUCCAUAAACUACUGGAUUAAAGAAUCAGGGGAAAUGAUUAUGCCGACAACGAAAUACCAGCCGACUGAAAUAUCGAAUAACCCGCACUACGGGGUUUCAAUGAAAUUAGACGUCAGGAGACUGAACAAGAACGAUCUGGGCGGCUAUAAGUGCAUCUCGAAAAAUUCCUUCGGAGGAGCCGAGGGCAGUAUCCGGCUUUACGAGGUGGAGGUCGAGGGCAACAAAGUCUCGGAGGAGAUCCGCGACAACUCGAUCGACGGAGGCAGCAACGUGUUCAACGAGCUGCACGGGUCCUACCCGGAGCCGAUGAACGAGUCGGACUACGCCCGCAAGCAGCACCGGAGCCCGGGCGCCGGCGCUUCGCACACCGCCCCGAGGACGCUCCUCCUCGCACUGGUCCUCUCCUACGUCGUCCGGUGGUCGACCAGCGCAGCCUGGUAACCCGUGCGUCACCGUCCUGCCAGGAUUCCCGUCGCAUCGCAGCUGUAGUCAUACCGCACGACGGCCGAGCUUUGUCGACUCACGACAUGAAAACCAUGAAAACUUGACAUUUUUUUCUUUAGUCAAAAGAACGCGGUUUAUCUGUAAAUUCUGAGUUUUUACACAGGACCUUGAAAAUUAAGAACGACUUAAAUGUACCAAAUUCACAAGCUA